GCAGACACACAGUCAUCAUGAAGCUGCACCUUACUGUUUUAGUCCUGUUGCUACUUGGUGCUUCAAAAUUCUCAAAUGGAGGAAAGAUUUUGGUGUGGUACACUGAGGCCAGCCAUUGGAUCAACAUGAAGCCUCUACUGGAGACCCUGGUGGACAGAGGACAUCAGGUGACCGUCCUGAUUCCAAGCGCAUCGAUGUUCAUGAACAGCAGCGAACCUUCUCGCUUCCAGUACGAACCUUUUAACAUCACUCUCUCUGUGAAUGAAAUGGAAAGGUUAUUUCAGGACUUUCUUCACUUCUCCGUAUACGAGAUGCAGUUCAUGAGUUACUUUGACAUAUAUGUUAAAUUCAUAGGAUUAUUAAAGGAAAACAUGAGGGCUUUUCUAAGUAUGCUGAACGGAGUUGUAAAAUCAGAAACCAUCAUGAAAAAAUUAAAAGAUGGAAAACAUGAUUUGCUUCUUGCUGAUCCCAUCUACCCUGGGAGUGAAUUGACUGCAGACAUGUUGGGCAUCCCCCUCGUUUACUCGCUGCGUUUUUCCUUAGCCCAUAACUGGGAAAGGAUGUGUGGUCAGCUACCUGCUCCACCUUCCUUUGUCCCUGGUGCUAUGAGCAAACUCACAGACAAGAUGGACUUCUCAGAGAGACUGUGGAACGUCCUCUUCUAUGCUCUGCAGGACAAAGUAAUGGAACAGUUUCUGUGGAAUGAACUUGACAUAUACUACUCUGAAAUCAGAGGAAAACCCACCAGUGCCUGUGAGCUGAUGGGCAAUGCUGAUAUCUGGUUGAUGCGAACUUACUGGGAUUUUGAAUUUCCUCGUCCUUUCCUUCCAAAUUUUAAAUUUGUGGGCGGGAUCCACUGUGGACCGGCUAAACCUUUACCAGAGGAAAUGGAAACAUUUGUCCAAAGCUCUGGAGAUGCCGGGAUCGUGGUCUUUUCUUUGGGAUCUAUGGUCAAGAAUGUGAGCAUAGAAAAAGCAAACAUGAUAGCCUCAGCCCUCGCUCAGAUUCCACAAAAGGUGCUGUGGAGAUACAGUGGUGAAAGGCCCCAAACUCUGGGUUCUAAUACAAAGGUGUAUGACUGGAUUCCACAAAAUGACCUGCUGGGUCAUCCUAAAGCAAGAGCUUUCAUCACUCAUGGCGGGACAAACGGAAUCUAUGAGGCCAUCUAUCACGGCGUUCCCAUGGUGGGAAUCCCCAUGUUUGGUGACCAGGCAGACAACAUGGUGCACAUGGAGGCCAAAGGAGCAGCAGUUGCUGUUAACUUUAACUCUUUAACAACUGAGAGCCUUAGAGAUGCGGUCAACACUGUAAUUAAUGAAAAAGUCUACAAGGAAAAUGCAAUGCGGCUGUCAAGAAUCCAACAUAACAGACCCAUGAGUGCCCGGGAUGAGGCAGUUUUCUGGAUCGAAUUCACCAUGAGAAACAAGGGAGCAAAGCACUUGCGGGUUCAGGCCCAUCAACUCAGCUGGUACCAGUACCACAGUCUGGACGUCCUAGCUUUGGUCACAGUUAUAGCUCUGCUCGUCACUUUCGUCUUUUUUAAGAUCUGCAGCUUCGUUUGUCAAAAGACAUGUGGCAAAAAGAUAAAAACAAAAGCUGAUUAAAAAAUGCAAGUGGGAUUUUUUUUACAUUUAUUUCAUUGUUAUUUUAUUUUAUAAAAACACAUCAGUGGUGUUUGUGGCACUGAAUAUAAAAUUCUUGAUUUUUUUUUAGAAAAGAAGAAAUAGGAUUUAAAAAGGGUUAAUGUGUUACCAUGAGAUUUUUCUUAUAUUUAGCUUCAUAAGACGUUUUCACUGACUCAGACAUUCUUUAAAUUCAGUUCAGGAAUUUCACAUCAGCAUGAUACCACUACCAUCAUGCUUUUGUGUGAGUAAUGUGUUCACUAUGUUAAGUGUCCAGUUGGUGUUAUUUCAUUUCUGUGUGUGUUUAUACUCUUCACUUUUGUACUGUAAUGCAUUAACA